ACUGAAGAAUUUAAAAAGUGAAUGAAAGUGAUACGUGAGUGCAAAACGUAAUUUCCAGUGAAUUCGUUUUAUCCAUACGAUAGUAUUAAAAUUUAAUAUUACAGAAAACUCUUUUGUGAAUGGAUUGUGGUUUGUGACACCCUAAAAAGCCAGUGAACGCGAUGAUUAUUGAAAAUCCAGACGCUUUCAAGAGCUGGUUGACGUCCAUAUUGGAACCUCUAUGCGAUGCUGACCCGGCCGCGCUUGCCAAAUACGUGUAUGCUCUGGUCAAGAAGGACAAGCCUCUCGAGGAGUUACGCGAUGGCAUGGUCGACCAGCUUGACGUGUUUCUGCAACAUGAAACCAAACCGUUCGUGGACAUGCUGUUCAAAUCUCUGGAGACGCACGAGUACCUCUUGCCGACCGAGAAGCGGCCGUCGCCGCCGCCCGCGCCCGCGCCCGAGCCAGCUGCGGAGCCCGACCACAACACGGCCGAGGUGCCUUUACCGCCGGCCGUGACGACCAACGGGGCGGAGUCCCCUCUCGCCGCCGCGCCCGCGCCGGCCGCGGAGCCCCGGCCUCCGAGACACCGCGUGGUUGUCUCGCGGACCGCGGCGAAGCCCGCCCCAGCGCCCGCGGUGCCUAGGGCGCCGCCCACGGAACAGACUCUUGUUAAGGUUUUGCCCCUGACAGAAUUACUGGAAGAACCAGUGGACCACGCGCCAAGGAGACGAGACCGGAGAGCCGACUCGUUGCGCGACAAAGAGGAGCGCCGCCGCCGCCGGUCGCGCUCUUGGGAGCGCCGCGCGCGCGCCAGAAGACAUCCGCGGGACUUGCACAACGACGACAGAAGACGGCCGGUGUCCCGAUCACCUUCUCCGCGCGGGCGCUACAGAAACCGAAGCCCGCCGCCUUCGAUUCUCGACAGGGUCGGCAGCCGCUCCAGAUCAAGGUCACCAGUACCAGUGCGGGAAAGAGACCACGAGAGGGAGCGGGAAAGACUGCGUGUACCGCGCGAGUUGGAGCGGGACAGGAUAUCGCGCGACAGGGAGCAUAGGGACAGGCUGUCCCGCUCUAGAGACAGGGACAGGUCACGGGACAGAUCGCGCGAUCGCUCCGUGUCCCCGCGGGACGCGCGGGACAGAUUGGACCACAAUGACCUGUACAAACGACGAUGCAAAGAUUUUGACGAGAAGGGUUACUGCAUGCGUGGCGAUUUGUGCCAGUGGGACCACGGCGCUGACCCUCUAGUAUUAGAAGACGCGGCCCUCACGCGAGUGCUCACUGUACCGCCUUCCGUGCCUGAAUACAACCCGCUGACGCCGGACAUCUGGAUGGGCGGCGGCUUCGCGCCCUACCCGCACCACCCGCCGCACCCGCCGCACCCGCCCAGGGAACUCAUACCCAUACCCAGUUUCGCGCCCAGGCUGCGUCACGAGGCGCCGCCGCGACAUCCGCCUCCUCACAAGAAGCAGUUCGACUACAACCGGCUGGGAGCGCCCCGACCGCCCUUACCCGCGAACGCAGCGAAUUGUUCCCUUGAAGUGAAGAAGGUGCCGCGGGGUCUCAACGAGAUAACGCAUCUUAACAACCACUUCUGCAAGUUUGGCAAGAUCGUUAACAUACAGGUGUGCUUCGAAGGUGACCCUGAGGCGGCUCUCAUUACGUUCUCCACUCCUACGGAAGCUAACGUCGCUUUCAAGAGUACCGAGGCGGUUCUCAACAACCGAUUCAUCAAGGUCUUCUGGCAUAAGCCUGAGAAUAAGCAAGAAAACACAGCACCAGUGGGUCAACAAGCAGCCAAGCCUGCUGAACGUCAGAACAAUCAGCACCCGAUGUCGCACAACAAGGUGUUGAUCAACCGCGACAACAUCAAGGCGACGGCUGACAUCAAACAGGCGAAUGCUGAGAAGCAAGCAAAAGAAGCCACCAACGGCACAACAGAACCGAAGAAAGAGGUGGUGAUGAAGCCAGUUGACAAGAGCAAACAGGUGAUGGAGAUGAUGAAGCGAGCCCAGGCGCUGCUUGAGAAGCAAUUGCAGCAACAGCUGUUGUUGAUCGAGAAACUCGAGUCGGGCAACAUCAGCGAUUCCCAGAAGGCUGCACUAAUGGAGGCGAUCAACUCCGCCCAAGAGGGCAUCGAGAAGCUCAGAAACGAACUGUUUGCGUACAACGGAACCCUCAGACAGAUGCAGGCGGAUACAGUCGCCCGGUCGAUGUCGCGUCUACAGCUGCAGGCAAACGCCAAGAAACCUAAGACAAGGCAGGAAGCGGAGAAAGAGAUUUUGGACGCCGAAUUGGACAUGUUUACUAAGCAACAGGAGGGGCAAGAUGUGACAGAGUUGGCCAAGAAAGUUGCGGACUUGAGACGACAAAUGGCGAUACAGUUUCCCCCGCAUCCUGGGAUGAGGAGACCACAUUCCAGGGGCGGGCGAUUCAACACUGCUUCCCGCUUCGUGCGCGGCGCUGGCAAGGCCUUUAGCGCAAAUCAGUCCGUGGACCAUAGACCAAGGGCACUGCUGAUAUCUGGAUUUGAAGCAGACGAGCAGAGCGCAGUUAUACAGCACUUUAUGCAAUACGGAGAAGUGGUCAGCAAAGAAGUGAAUCUUGCGGUUCCCGAGCUGGUCAUACAGUAUAAGGCGAGAGCACACGCCGAGCUCGCAGCCGCCGCGGGAAAACAUUACAACGACCGGACGCUGUCGAUAACUUGGGUGGCCAACACUAAGGCGUAUCUUGGCGGCAUGGCGGAGACCAGACCUGCGGUUAACGGAGAGGCCAGCGAGGAGAAUAAGGAGCCCGAGACAUCUCAAGAAAUAACCGAGGACACGUUACUGCGGUUCGACGAGGAGGAAGAGGACGAUGCGGAAGAAGAUAGAUCCUGGAGACGUUGACGACCCGCGGGACGCUAGCCGCGACACGACACCGAGGCGACCUCGAAACGAUCUCGAAGCGAUGUCGGAACGAUCUCGAAGCGAUGUCGGAACGAUCUCGAAGCGAUGUCGAAACGAUCUCGAAACGAUGUCGGAACGAUCUCGAAGCGAUGUCGGAACGAUCUCGAAGCGAUGUCGGAACGAUCUCGAAGCGAUAUCGAAACGAUAUUGCAGCGAUGUCGUUGCGAGAUUGUAACGAUAGUCGAUAUCGGUCGCUGUAGGAUUGUUAGUGUAGUGUCGGUCGUGUAUAAGGCUAGCGAUUGUUAGAAAUAAAAGGGCUGAAGUGAUAUGUGAAUGUUUUUGUGUAUUUUACUGCGUUAUAAAUUAAAACAAUGUUGCCUUGCGUUGAUAGUUUAUAAAUAUAUUAAUAUACAAAAAACACUAGUAGACUUGACCUUUCUGAAAAACUGUUUAUUUCUUACUAAAAUCAUAAUAUUUCAAUUUCAAAACUUUAUUUAAUGGUUUCCGUUCGUUAAUAUACGAAAAUAUUUCAUAAUCUCACUUCAGUACUUCGAAUAUGAAAAAUAUGAUAUCAAUCGAGAAUUUGUAUCUGUACUAAAAAUGCCAAUAUUCGUGUCUCGUUUUUAAUAUUAUUUAAAGAAAAUUAUAAUAAGGAAAUAAUAUUUAAUAAUUUAUCGAAAAUAUGGUUUUCACUAAAAAAAAAUCGAUUGCCUCAGUUGAGAAUCGAACGCACGUACUUUCGCUUGCGGCCUACUCUAUCUACUAAGCUAUGGUGACCAUAAUUAUAAUCAUAUCCUAAAAAUAAGUUAUUAUAAGAAUAAUAAUAAUAGAUAUUAUUUCUCGAUUGGUAUUUUAUUAUUUUAAACAAACUUAUUGUUCAAACUUGUUACAUUAUUGGAGAAAUAUAGUGAAAGAGCUUUAGAUUUAGGUAUUCGUACGCCACAGAGUUGCGACACGACUAAUUUACCACCAAAAUUAAGAAAAGUUUGAAAAACUUGCAUAUUUUGCGAAUUAAAAAAGUCGUCAGUCGCAACUCUAGCGUGCACAACCAAACGCAUUCUUCGCUUAUGAGAUUUACACAUAAAAAUCGGCAAUAAUAUACAAUUCGGUAGUCGGUACAACAUAGAUGCGUUUAGUCGCAGUAUAGAAAUAGUUGUGAAUUUACGAAAGGAGUCGUACGAUUUAGGAAUUUAAUGAGAUUCUACGAUCAUUGUCAGGUUUUUUAAAUUUAAUUUAUUACGAUGUCUUUAUAAAAUACUGGGUAUUUUACUGGGUAUUGUACUAUUUACCAAUAAAUUAAAUAUGGGAGUAACUUAUUCAUUAUUAGUCAAAUGAGGGUUUUCGCGUAUGAAAGAUCCGCUAGAUGGCGGGACGUGGAUGUGGGGUCUGACUGCUGCGUGAUUGGUGGAUUUUGACAUAUCUGUCAAUGUCAUGUCAAAAAUAACCAGUCAUGCAGCAUUUGGACCUCGCGUCUACGUAUUGCCAUCUGGCGGAUUUUUCAUACGCGAAUACCCUCAUUACGUUAGUGUAUUGGCGACUAGUUCUACGCGCCGUCAAAAGAUGGCGUUGUCUGUACAAUACAACGCGGUAUCGCAAGAAAUAGGUUUCUUUUAGAACCUCUAGCGUGAAAUUCAUUACAAAACUUGCAAUGAUCGUAUCGUCUUAUUAGCAUCGUUUUUAGAGAGUUACUCGGUUAUUGUUCAACAUUUGAAUGGUUUUAAAAUCUUAAUUAUUUAUAUUAAUAAUUACAUUUCACUAACACCAGUACUUAAAUAACUUACAGCUUACUAAAGACUUAUUAAUUAACAAUAACAAUAGGUGUAAUAAUAAGUCUAUACAAAACUAAUGGAACUGAUUUUUAAAGCUAACAUCAUAUCAACGUUGUACUUAUUUAAACAACUUAAUUUAAUUUAUUUGCUGUCGGAAUUUAUAUUAUCUUGAAUAACAAAAUGGUAAAAAUUUUAACUAAAAUUCAAUACAAAUUCGUGAUUUUAAUGUCAGUUAUAAUUGACAUCUAUGCAUUGAAACAUUGGUACAAUUAAAAUCGGUCCACAAUUGACGGAGUAACCGGUAAACAUACAUAGAAAAAGAAAUACAUACAGCUGAACAUAACCUCCUCCUUUUUUGAAGUCGGUUAAAAAUUAAUUUCUCAUUCGUAGGUUUCAAAAUGGCGUCGUGAAAUUAAAAUAGAGCAUACAAGUGACGUCAAACGAGUUUAAAUACUUAUUGCUUUGAAUUUAAUACGACUACAUUCAGUGACUGAGUUAAGCUAGACCUGUAGCUUAGACCUAUAACUCAAUUUAGCUUUUUUUGUCAGCAAGCCGCAAAAAUGUUGAACAAUAAACGGUGCAACUCUCGUCCUUUACAAAUUUUUAUUAGUAGCUCAUAUCGUGGGGUGGCACUUGUAAAUAAUUUAUAUUUGUAAAUAAAAUUUCUCUUUCGCGCGAUAGCCAUAUCUUUCGUUUUCUUAAAUUAAUGAAAUUAUCGUUUUUUCUUGGGUUUGUAUUCGGUCGCCAUAGAGGUGCGGAUCGCGACUAAUGUGCGAUUUAUUGUUGAGUAGAUAGAAGUUGUUUCUAAGUUUCAAUUUAUAUGACGUUUCUUAGUGAAACAAUCAUGUCAUAAGAGGGCUCAUAAAGUAUGAAACCUGGACUGUUUUUAAGCAUACACGAUGGAUGUCGCUGAUUUCAAACUACUUGACGCUAAUUCAGUAAACACUGUUACGUUAUUCUUCUUUAUUUUAUCAAUUUAGUACUUGAAGUUCGUAUGUUGGUUGAAUUUUCAAUAUUUCGAGCAAAAACAUUAUAUUCUUGAUUGAUAGAUCACUGCAAGAUACAGUAACAAUCAAAACUUUUUGUUUAUAAACAACUGUAAAUUUCGUACUUGCAAAAAAAAUCGCAUCGUCGCGCAAUCUUCAUUUCUGUGGCGGCCCCAUACAAGUAUCGACCGUCUUACUAGAUUUAGUGAUGCAUUAUUGCAUUUUAGGAUUAUUAUUUUGUUGUGGCCCGAGGCUUACGUUGUAAUUUUACGAGGGGUUAUUUUUUUUAUUAUUAAAUAUAGUUUUAGGUCGAUGUAUGCUUUGGACAGACGUAGUCUUGUUUAUAAAUAAUCGAAUGGUACAAAGUGUAUCUAAUAUAAUAAUAUAAAAUGUGACUUGGAACUACAGGUCUUGGAACUACUUCGCGACUGUGCGACGGGCGCCCGCAGUGAGUGUGCGAGCGCGACAGCAACAUAAUUACGCGCGAGCGAUAAGGAUGGGUAGCUUGGGGUCAUUGGACAAAAUUCUACGUGCUCACAGACCGGGCUUUAGCACAGAACUGUGUCAGUGCCUGAGGUUUGGGAGCGACACGGGAGGGGUGACGUGUGACGUGACAGAGCAAAUGUCUCGCUGACGUUUGACAUCACAAAAACACCCGUGCCGCUCCCUUACCUCAGACACUGACUUACGCCCUAGUCACAAACAUUACUAUGAGGUCUCACAGUGCGCGUGGACGCACAGGGUGACACACGAACCAAUCACAGAGCUCUAUUCAACGCUGUGUGUUCGAUUUGCUGCUUCACUUAAGCAAGCAUCGUUUGUGAAUACGGGUUUGACUCUUACGGAGUUCAAAACGAAAUCAAUUUGUUAAUCAUAUUAUUGGAACUUUGACUACGUCUGUCAAAAACGUACAACGUCGAAAUAGUCAUAAUAAAAUACGAAAGCGUGUCUUUUACAAGUUAAGGUGGAUUCAUAUUUGUAUGACGUGUCAUGUUGUGAUCAAAAUGGAAUCGAUUUCAGUUUCAGAUUUUAAUAAACUAGUUACUAUCUUGGUCGUGUCGCAUACUUUAUGUAUGAAACCUCUUUUUUGAUGUCACGACAUAUCACGUCAGAUUGGUAUAAAUCCACCUUUAUAUACCAAUAGUUUUUAGUUUCAAGUUGUGUGUCGUCAGGCGGGCGAUUUUAACAACGUUAGUACCGUCAGCAAUCGAGUUAUUUCAGUUGUUGGCAAUGGACAGUUCCUACGGCGAUUUUUGUGUUAAUUUGCAGAUGGUACGCAGUGAGGGUAGACGAGAAAAGUAUGGCUAGUGUGGGGGCAGUGUCGAUAUUUUUGUCGAUGAUUUUAUAAAAAUGUCACUUGUGCUGUGCUAGAUCUAAGUCUUUAAAAUAUUUGAAGUAACAGUUCUUCCGUUUUAAACUAAUAGAAUCCAGAAUUAAAAAAAUAUCGAUACUUAUUAACAUCACUACGAAAUGAAGAGAGAAUCGGAACACUGGCGUCUGUUAAAGUCGCUCGCCUUUAAAAUUAUACAUUUUUCGCUUGUUUUUAAGACAUUUGUACAUUGUUAUUGAUUAGUUAUAGUCGCUUCUAAUGUAUCUGACUUAGUUUGUAAAUGAUGUAAAAAAUAUUAAAAGAAAAAACCGUAACUACGCCGUUAUACAACACUAAUAAAGAAAAAAUAUAUACCCAAACCUGAGAUCGGCGAAAAAAAGUAUUUUUUGAAAAAGUCAGUGCAUAUUUUUUUAAGGCGGUUGCUAGACAGAUUGUAA